CCCCCCCCCCCCCCCCAUUCUCCAUUUGCUUUAUAAGGCCAUGCUGAGCAGACCAUCAGUAUGUGGAUAUUUAGUUAUAGAUAAGAACUACUAUAGUAUCAAGACUGCAUAUUUGAGUAUACAAAAGAAUCAAAGAGAUAGUAAAGCUUAAGCAUGCAGAUGUACCAUCAUCAUCAUCAAGGCAAGAACAUUCAUUCGACAUCAAGAAUGUCAAUUACACCCGAACGACAUUUAUUUCUGCAAGGGGGUAGUAAUGGAGGUGAUUCGGGCCUCGUUCUUUCAACCGAUGCUAAGCCUAGACUCAAAUGGACACCAGAUCUCCAUGAACGGUUCAUAGAAGCGGUCAACCAGCUCGGAGGAGCUGACAAGGCUACUCCAAAAUCUGUUUUGAAGCUAAUGGGAAUUCAAGGUCUUACUUUAUACCACUUAAAGAGUCAUCUCCAGAAGUACAGGCUCAGCAAGAAUCUUUAUAGGCAAACUAGCAAUGUUAGCACAAACAUAGUUGAUAUCGCGCCACCAGCAGGAGACGCAAUCGUUGAAACAAGCGAAACUCACAUGAGCAACUCAAAUGUUUUCCCUCAAACAGACAAAAAUAUGCAAAUAAGUGAAACCAUACAAAUGCAAAUUGAAGUCCAAAGAACACUGCAUGAACAACUUGAGGUGCAGAGACACUUGCAGCUUCGCAUCGAAGCGCAAGGGAAAUACUUGCAAUCGGUGCUCGAAAAAGCACAAGAGACGCUCGGAAGACAAAACUUAGGUGCGGUAGGACUCGAAGCCGCAAAAGUACAAUUAUCGGAAUUGGUUUCUGAAGUAUCCACUCACUGCCUAAAUUCUGUAGUCGCGGGAGUCAAAGACGGGUCAAUGCAUAAAAACAACCAGCCAACAGAUUAUUCAAUCGAGAGCUGUUUGACUUACGGCGAAGGUCAACAAACCGAACAAGAUAUGAUCGGUUUGACGCUCUUAAAGUCGAAGAAGGUUGACAACGAGCCAGAACUUUCGGCAAGUGAUUUGUCGAUGAGUGUUGGAGGACUCAAGAGUAGUGAAUGGAACACUAGUAGAAGCUACGACAGGGGCAAAGAAAUCAUUUUAACGGAUCAAACCAAUCGAAACAACACGGGUUUAGUGAAGGAAGAGCGUGGUGAGAUGCCACAGAAGUUGCAGUUUCCGUAUUUUGGACAAAAACUGGACCUUAAUGCCCAUGAUCAUGGGAACGAUGUGGCUUCAAGUAGCAAGCAUUUCGAUUUGAAUGGGCUUAGUUGGUGAAUGUGAUCGCACGGAGAUUUUAGUUUGAUUGAAGAAUCAUCGUUCUCGUUAAUGCGAAAAGGAUUAAAGAUCUUGUAAUGCAUUUCAUAAUUUUUUGUAGCGCGAAAAUAGUUGGAGGAACAUGAGAUAUUUCGAUCAUUGAAUCAUGAAGAUUCGGUUUUAGAGCAACAUGAGUUGCUAACUUGCUAUCAUAUUUACUGAUGUGCUAAAUCUAUAAAAACAUAUGAAUACUUGUAUUGAAUAACAUAACUUAUUAAUUAA